GAAUUUGGCAAAAACGCAACAAAACCACCUCUCCUAUCGUUAAGCGCCCAUACGCCAUGGCAUCCUUCACCCAUCUAUUCAUAAUCCCAUUCAUCACUCCCGUCUUCGCAUAUAAUAACGGUCAAUUCAAGCAUUUCUACGCCGGAGGAUCCUGGAAUACCGUGCUGACCGACUUGCUCCACCAUGAUUGCAAGGACGAAUAUGCCGAACUAACAGCGCGUCCCGAGAAGGGUGGUUGGAUUCUUGUUAGCUGCAUCCUGGACAACUUCACCGAGAUACGGAAAACUGAGAUGGCGAUCGUGUCGGUUGUGCUGGGCCUCUUGCCUAUGGCGUUGCAGUUUGUCGGGCCUAGGGUAGCUGAUGUGGCAGUAUUGGGCAUGCGGCGACCAGUUCUGGCAGUGCUAAUCAGUCUGGGGAGUACCUGCGCGACGCUGCAGAGCGAUUAUACGGGCUUGGAGGCUGUGAGCAGGAGAGGGGAAGAUAAUCAGAAUAGAGCGAACGAUGUUCUGUGGCCGGAGGUACUGAUCGAUGCACCAGUGUGGGCCAAGGCGCUGAUAUCAAUCUUCGAGUAUGGACUUGUUGGGACGGCGGCAGCAAAUUCACUCAUCCAGGGGUAUCAACUCAGUUUCUGGGCCAUUUCGUUUAUAUCAAUGAUUAUGGGGUCGUUUGGAAACACGGCCGAGGCCUUCUCGCCGCUGCUUUGGGUCUUCAUCCCAAUUCCUAUCCAAGCGCUGGGCGUGUAUGUCCUCUAUCUCGGCCGUCCAUCAGGUAGGCCGCAGCCAAAACCAGAAUCCGCACGCCAACUACAUCCGUGUUAUCGAGCAUGGAGGCGAGUGAGGGAUUGGGCUGUUAGGGAGAUGACGCCGUGCGCAUUUAAGAAAGGCGAGACUGUCACGCGAACGGAAGCCGUAAAGAAAAACAAGAGAUAUUGGUUGCUGUUCUUGAAUUGGGCGAUUAAAUUUUUGGUCUGGGUCCAGGUCAUAUACGGUACCAUUGUGCUCUCCAGUGUGCUCUUUCUGUCCUUGUUCACAGCCAUGGAAGUUGUUGGGAGAUUUCUUGCCGGUGCCAUUGUAUGUCGGUUUGUGCUGGAGUUCGAGAUGUAUGGGUUGCAGGAGGUGUCGAAAUUGCAUAGAUGAUCUACUGCCCCGCCGGCAGGUACUACUAAAGCGUAGGUGCUUGUGAGUUUUUAUCGCAAAAUGCAGCUUUCGCCUGCAGACUAAAUCGAUGGAAAAGAAAAGCAUGAUGCCACCCGAGGAAGUGCAAUACGAGGGAUACAGGAAUGUGAGUGGCAAGCAUAUCGUACAAUAGAUGAAGAAGCAUCCAACGAAGCGACGCAGUCGGAAGAUCCUCAUUUUGCUCAGGGA